AAAAGAGUUAUUUUUUCAACGUCUCUUCAAUAGCAUAUACAUUGGCUCUCUGUAUAUAAUUUUUUUUUCUUUGUGUUCUUCUUUUUCAAGCUCGAUUUCGUGAAGUAAAGAGAGUUUGAAUAAUCAUUGAUUUCUUCAAAUGCUUGAAUGGGGGAUUCUGACUUCUGAUAGAAAAGUAAAAGAUUCUUUUCGGAUUGAAAAAAGAAAUCAAAAGGGGCAAUAAAAAAGGAACAAUCUUUUGCUGUUGGGGAUGUUGCUUUUGGAUUAAUUGCUCCUUUUUUUGAUCUGGGUUCUUUUUCUUUUCGCAAAUUGCUGUAGAUUCUUGGUGCUUUUGGGUUCAAGGUAAAAGUGUUGACGAUAAUGAACCAAUAGCAUUUCACCUAAUGGGCUGGUUGAACAAAAUUUUUAAAGGUUCUAGCCAUAAAGUUUCGGAAGGCCAGUAUGACUGGAGAUGUGAAGGACAUACAGAGGGGGAUGACCCAUCUACAGCAGAGGACUCUUGGUCAGAGAUUGAAGAAAUAGAUCGAGCUAUUGCUAUAUCUCUCUCAGAGGAGGAACAAAAAGGGAAAAUUGUGAUUGAUAGCGAAUCACAACUGAAAGAAGAUGAACAACUUGCAAGAGCUCUGCAGGAGAGCUUGAAUGUUGAAUCUCCACCUCAGCAUGUAAGCAGAAAUGAUCAUGGAAACGGGAAUGGAUAUGGGAAUGGAAACUUCUAUCAUCCAGUACCUUUCCCAUAUUCUGCAAGCUUUAGGGUAUGUGCAGGUUGCAGCACUGAAAUAGGUCAUGGACGAUUUUUAAGUUGCAUGGGAGCAGUAUGGCAUCCAGAGUGCUUUAGAUGCCAUGCCUGCAACCAACCAAUAUCUGAUUAUGAGUUCUCAAUGUCUGGCAACUAUCCCUAUCACAAAACAUGCUACAAGGAGCAUUAUCACCCGAAAUGUGAUGUCUGCAAACACUUUAUUCCAACAAAUGCAGCUGGGCUUAUUGAAUACAGAGCACAUCCAUUUUGGUCGCAGAAGUAUUGUCCUUUUCAUGAGCAUGAUGGAACUCCCCGUUGCUGUAGCUGUGAGCGAAUGGAGCCGCGGGAUACAAGAUAUAUUGCCCUUGAUGAUGGUCGAAAGCUCUGUCUCGAGUGCUUGGACUCUGCGAUAAUGGAUACGAGUCAGUGUCAGCCCCUUUAUUAUGAUAUACAAGAAUUUUAUGAAGGGCUAAAUAUGAAGGUGGAGCAGAAAGUUCCUUUGCUUCUGGUUGAGAGACAAGCACUGAAUGAGGCUAUGGAUGGAGAGAGACAUGGUUAUCACCACAUGCCUGAGACAAGAGGACUUUGCCUUUCUGAGGAACAAACUAUCAGCACUAUACAAAGGCGGCCAAGAAUAGGAGCUGGAAAUCGGGUCAUGGACAUGAGAACGGAACCUUAUAAAUUGACACGCCGCUGUGAAGUGACUGCAAUUCUCAUCUUAUAUGGUCUUCCUAGGCUGCUGACUGGGUCAAUCCUAGCGCAUGAGAUGAUGCAUGCAUGGCUUCGACUAAGAGGUUAUCGAACACUUAGCCAAGACGUUGAAGAAGGCAUUUGCCAGGUACUUGCACAUAUGUGGUUAGAAACCCAAAUUGCAUCCAUAUCAAGCAGCAAUGGAGGCGCUUCAACCUCAUCAGGCAUGUCAUCAUCAAAGCAGGGGAUUAGAUCUCCUUUUGAGAGGAAACUUGGAGAUUUUUUCAAACACCAGAUUGAAUCAGACACUUCACCAAUUUAUGGAAAUGGAUUCAGAGCUGGUAACCAAGCAGUGCUUAAAUACGGACUUGAAAGGACGUUGGAUCAUAUUCGGAUGACUGGAACCUUUCCUUAUUGAGCACAAGGUUAGAAAACAGACACAUUCAUUUGUUGUCAAGAAAGAAGCUUUGGUCCAUUCAUAUUAGUGCUUUGGACCAUUGCCAUAUUAUAAUAUACCUUCGAAGUUGAGGAAAGAUAUAUUUUUCCUACCUUUGUAGAGUGAUCUUGACACAACAAACAAGGAAUAGACACAACACAAAUCCAUUCUUUUAGAAAAUUAAUGAAGUCUAUUAGUUUGAUUUUCUA